AUGGACAUCGAAAAACCGGAAGCAGAGAUGACUGUUGCUGGUGACAGUGGCUGCAGCAACAGUAACAACAACCCCAGUUCAGGUCAUGGUCAUGGGGAUCCUUCACCUCGGCAGAUCCGGGGAUGGAAGGUCGCUGAUAUUCAACCUGCUAUCCUCGAGUUAUUUGGCCAAGUUCAACUUCUCCCGUGGAUAGGGGUUGGGUUCGCCCUCGGGACUAUGUGCGUUUUGCCCUGGGGAAAGGUUUAUGGAGUCUUCAAUGCAAAAUGGGUUUACCUGUUUAAUAUUGUGCUCUUUGAACUUGGUAGCGCUGUUUGUGGAUCCGCUCCCAACAUCGCUGUUUUGAUCUUGGGCCGUGUAAUUGCGGGUGUUGGUGGCGCCGGGAUGUACUCUGGUACACUUUCCUUUGUGGCAAUCUUGACAACUAUUAAGGAAAGGCCAAUUUAUAUGGCUGGCAGUACAGUGGUCUGGGGCCUUGGAAGCGUGUUGGGUCCUAUCGUUGGUGGUGCAUUUGCCCAGAGCUCGGCGUCCUGGCGAUGGGCAUUUUAUAUCAAUCUUCCCAUCGGGGCUGCCUUUCUACCAGCUUACCUAUUUCUGAUCCCUAGCGUUGACCCCCAGCCUAGCAAAUCAUUCAAGGAGAAAUGCAAGAUGAUUGAUUGGAUCAUGACAACAAUUUUCCUAGGCGGGUCAGCGUGCCUAAUCAUGGCUAUUACAUUUGGAGGUGUUGUGUAUUCCUGGAACUCCGCAUCUACGAUCGUGCUGUGGGCUAUGAGUGCUGUUCUGCUUAUAGUGUCUAUCCUUGUCGCCAAAUUUCAUCCUGGUGUUAACCGUGAAAAUCGCCUAUACCCGGUGCAUUUCCUCAACCGGCCAAUUUUAAUAAAUCUACAGAUUCAGAUGUUUUUGGUCUCUGGAAUAGCGCUAGCAACUACAUAUUAUAUUCCACUGUACUUUCAGUUCCUCCAUGGUGAUGGACCUCUCCAAGCUGGUGUCCGACUACUACCAUUCAUCAUAAGUCUGGUUGUUGUCUCUAUGAUAAAUGGGGCUUUUAUGCCAGCAUUACCUUACGCUAUGCCUUGGUACACUGCUGGCAGUGCUCUUGUCGUCAUCGGUACGGCGCUAAUGUAUACCGUUAACCUCGAUACAUCUAACGCUAAAAUAUAUGGAUACACCAUUCUUGUUGGAGCUGGGACCGGAUGCUAUGUUGUAGCUGGCUUUGCCAUUGUCCAGUCUUUAGUUUCUCCCAAAGAUAUACCCAAUGCUGUGGGUGCCAUGGCUAUUUCCCAAGAUCUCGGCAUGGUUGUCUUUCUUUCACUAGCGGGAUCAAUCUAUCAAAAUCUUUCCUUGAAAGAAGUUGCUCGAGCGCUACCCUCCGCCAGCAAAAGCGAGUUAACAGACUUGAUCGCCGGAACAAGCAGCCGAAGUUUCAAGGCGUUAUCCCAGGCAGAUAAAGACGCAGUUAUUCCUUAUAUUACUGGUCCUAUGCGUAAUGUUUGGCUGUUCUUCUUAGUUGCUGCUAUAUUGAGCUUUUUGUUGUCGGCAAUGCUUGGAAAAACGAGGCUAAUGGGUGCCACUGUCAACGGCGGGGGUACCUCAAUUAUCAAUUGA